UUGAAUGUUGGGGUUGGAAUUGUCGUUUUUUAACCCUGAUUUAAGAGAAUUUCAUUUCGCUCAAGUCAGUACUAAGGGCGUUAUCAUGGAUUAAGAGAACCAUGAAUUUGAAGAGUUUGGAAGAAAGUUCAAAACGAUCCAAGUCACUCAAACGGUACAGCUUAAAUAGAAAAAUCAAAGAGAAAGAAAGGAAAGAACAGAUGACGGAAUCUGUUGAAGACGGAAUACAGUCCUUAUCAUGCGCCUCAGCCUGUGGGACUGAUGAUGCAAUUGAAACCCGGGAAAAUAUUGAGAAGGAUAUUUCGUGUCUUAAAAUGAGGAAAGAAGACUUCACCGGAAAGCAAGAAAAUGUAACAUCGGCCGCUGCAGUCACGGUCGUUAGCCAGGAGCUAACAAUAGGGACGGUAAAAAAGCUACAUCAACCAGCGCACAGUGUAAACACUUACGUGACGUUACAACAUUCUUCUCCAGUCAUCUCUGUGCGGCCUGACAUCAAAAACCCUCUCAUGCCGAUGAAGAACAGUUCUUCCAAACAGCCGCAGAGCCCAUUUCCUGCCCAAGCGCAAUGCACUGGCUACCCUCCUAACUAUUUGCCACAUCACGAACAUUUUCAAGCGGCACCCAGAUACUUUCCGGCUCCAAAUCUACCCUAUAACGGAAAUUCAACCAUGCAUUUAACAUUCAUGAACAUUCCACAAAACAACCCUGUCGCGUAUGCUCACACCUAUAUGACGCCGUUUCAAAGUCCAGGAUUUCAUGCCAGUCAAAUUGCGCAUACUCAGGUCAGGAUGCAGCGGAGCAGAGAAGCUUACAAUGCGUUUACCGCAUAUGGACAUCCAUUUGGAGUGUUCUGGAGUAGACAGAACUAAACUUCUCCGUUAAAUUGAAUGAUCAAGAAGGCUUAGCUUUACACAACGAACAAUAUCAUGUGUGCCUGUCCCGUUGGAAAAGGCCACGCCCUAAAGAAGAACGGAAUUUUACGAUAAAUAUCUACAUAACGGAGGCUAGCUCUGAAUAGUUAGAACUUCUUCUUUCUUUCAUUAAAAAGCCUGAGAUAUGAA